UUUCUGAUAGGAUCAUUAGAUCAUCACUCAUCUCUAUCAGUACGUGAAUUGUGUUUUGAAUUUUGAUAUCAGUUGUUCCAUCUUUACUCUUUAUUCUUUGUCUUGGAUAAUAACGUCCCAAAUCGUUUUGUCAAUAUAAGGCUCAAUUUUGGUCAGACAGAAGGAACUGAGAAAAGUAGAAUUCAUAAAUUUAAAUAAGAUAAGUAAUCAAAGCAAAAUUAUGCACUUAUAUAUCAUGUUAACGAAUCGAUGCAAAGUUGGUAUGUAUAUUGAUGUCUUCAGAUUGAAAUGUGGCAUGCUAUAAUUAACAAGUGUUAUGUUACAGCUUUUUUUUUUUUAAUUUUUAGGAGUCAUAAAUACUAUUCAAGGCAUAUUAAUUUAAACAAAAGAAAUCAAGUUUUGAAGGAUCAUAUAUUUUUUUCAAAUCUGGUGCAACAAUAAAUUAUUUUUGGAUCAAAUAAAUGAUUAAUUUUAUAUAUUUAUAAAGAUACAAAAUGAUAUAAAUAUUUUAUAGAUCAUUUUAUCCAUAAUUUUGAUAUAAAUAAUUUAUUACAGUAAUUUUUAUUCCUUGUGCAUAGCGAAUAAUAAUCCAUAACGCUUGGCUCUCCUUUAAUCGUGAUAAUCUCUUGUCAUUGUUUAAAGUGUCUCAUUUUCUUUUAUUUUAUCGUCAAUCGAUUAAGAUUAUGUUUAGAUCAAAUUAGUUAACAGAAAAACGACGAUAUGUGUUGAAUCAAAUUACUUAGUGGAAUACCUUGUGAAUUCCUGAUCCCCAUUUCAUGGUGAAAUACCUCGUGAACUCCUGCGGGUUCUCCCCCUCCGAGGCAGCCAAGUUCUCUAAACCUCUUGCGCACCUCCGAUCCACCGAGAAACCCGACGUCGUCCUUAACUUCAUGAGAUCUCAGGGCUUCGACGGCGCCGGUAUCAGGAAGGUGAUAUCUGCGGUUCCCAGAUACUUACGCUACAACGUGGAGAAAAACUUGGCCCCGAAGUUUCAGUUCUUUCGCGAUUUGGGCCUAUCGGAGUCGGAUAUCGUCGAUGCCAUCCUGAAGAACCAGGCCAUCCUCCUUCACAACGUUCACCGUUCCUUGGUCCCCAAAUUGGAGAUGUGGGAAAGUCUCUUGGGAUCGAGAGAGCUCGUUCUCAAGCAUCUCAAGAAGACCCGAUGGUUUUUCUUCUCCAGCGUUGAGAAGACAUUGCAUCCUAACCUAAAGUUCUUGAGGGAUGAGUGCGGCAUUCCUGAAGAAAGGCUCUCUCUCGUCUUGAGAAGUCACCCACAAUUAAUCUCACAGAAACCAGAGUCACUCCGAGCUUUGGUUGCGAGAGCCGAUGAGCUGGGGAUGCCACGGCAAUCUCGGAUGUUCAUGUGGACACUUAAUAUUCUCCAGAGGGUAAGCAAAGAAAGGUUCGAGGCCAAGGGCGAGUUCAUGAGGAGGUUCGGGUGGUCGGAGUCGGAGUUUUCUUCUGCUGUCAGGAAAGCACCCAACUUCAUAGGCGUGUCCCUCGAUAUGUUGCGCAGAAAAGUGGAAUUUUUUGUCAAUGUGGUCGGUUGCACCCCUUCCUUCAUCGCCGACAAAUCAUAUCUCUUGCUAUUUUGUCUGCAGGAAGAGGGUAAUUCCUCGGUUUCGUGUCACAGAGAUGUUGAAAUCGAAAGGAUUGUUGACUGGACAAGCCAAGUUUACAUACAUUCUCGCAUUAUCAGAUACCAAAUUCUUGGAGAAGUUUGUUCUCCCUCACAAAGAAAAUGUUCCUGAGCUGCUCGAUAUUUUGAGAGUUGAGGGCGUGUGUAAAGGAAAAUGAUACCUUUCAUUUGGUAUCGGAGGCUGAGAAAGGCCUUAGCUGAUGGUCUAAUUUGCCAACGACGAAGUAUGCAGUGGCUUCAAUGGAGUUUGAAAGAGCAGUUGCAUUGGGUUGAUCAGGAGUCACCAGCUUUAGCACUAAUUUUGUUUCAAGGUUGUAUAGACUUUUCUCUGAGCAUCAAAACUUGAGUAUGCUAUCCUGAAAUGUCUUCUGCCUCAUUUGGAAUUGCUAAAUCUUUUCCUGCAUCAACAAAUUCUGACUUGCCUC